AUGACAAAAAGAAUACAAAAAAUAAUUUAUAAUAAAAAGAAUAGUACCUCAUCAGAGGAUUCUAUUAUUGUUACAGAAGAAGAGGCAUCACUUCUAUCCCACAACUCAAAAUUAGAUUCAAUUAAAACUUCAAAUUUUAAUAAAAAUGUACCAAAAUAUAGUACAAAAAAAACAAUACAUAACAUUGAUAGUAAAUUACAAACUGCUUCAAUGCUUUCAUCAAUUAAAAAAGGAUCACUUCAACCGAUUUCAAAUAUUUGUUAUGGUAAAUCAUUUUAUUCUAAACAACCCCUAACUUAUGAAUCAGUGACGAAUUUUUUAAAUAAACCAUUAUUAGAAGUUGCGAUAAAUGAUAACAUCAUCCAAUCAGGUUUUUGCCAUCAACCACAACCACAAUCAUUAUCAUUACCUAACAAUUGUAUAACUCUAUAUAUUGAUAAUGAUAAUUCAAAAAAUGGACAGGUUAUUGGUAAUGAUGAAGUUAAAAAAUAUAGCAAUGGGAAGGUCGAGAAUAAUAUAAAAUUAGAAAAUAAUGCAAACCAAUUUAAUUUAAAUAAAAAUUUUACCCCCUUACAAUUUGGUAAUUCAAUUAGAAAAGCAAAUUCACCUGUUAAUUAUAUUACUACUUCUAUUAUAAAAAGAAAUAUUAAAAAACUUUCCAACAGUGAACCUUGUCUAUUUGCGAAUAAUUAUUAUUAUACUAAAUCAGAAAAAGAAAUGAGUGUAACAAUACCUCAUAAAGGACCAAAAUUUGAGGAUGAUACAGAAGAAGUAGAAAAAGAAUUAAAUAAAUGUUGCGAUAGAAAAUUUCGUCGAAUGUGUUUUAUAUUUAUAAUUGUGUGCCUAGCAUUACUAACAGUCAAAGAUGUUAUUGAUCUUGUAAUAGAAUAUUCAGAAAAUCCUAAAAAAGCUGAUAUGAAUAUAAUGUUUAAUGAGACAAUGUUAUUACCUAAUGUAACAUUUUGUAUGUCUAGAGAUCAAGCAUGGUCACAUUUUAAACCAUCACCCAAUGAAACAGAUCAUGAUUGGGAAAAUAUUAUAAGUAAAGAUCUUGCAAAUAUGACAACUAAAGAACAAUUUCAAAAAAAUUCAUGGGAUCAACAUACAAUAAUGGAAGCUUAUGAUGUAAUUGCUAAUUUAAAUUCAAUGGAAAGAGAAACUAAUGCUCAUGGUGCUGUUAGAACAAUAAAUGUUUUUAAAAGUAUUAAAAGAUUUGAAAGAAAAAGAAAAGCUGUCAAGAAAUGGCUAAAAAUUAUUCAAGAAAGAAAUGUUACUUUUGAAGAGUUAACACAAAAAGUUGGAACAGAAGUUAUAAGAAGAUCUUUACAAAGAUUUAAUAGAGAAACAAAAAAUGAAAGUUUAAUUAUUAAAACACAACUUCGAACAUCAUGGAUAUCAACGAUGCAAUUUUGUUUUCAACCAAUGUAUGAUGAAGAUAAUUAUUAUAGAAUUGUUGAUCAAGGAAAUUUUUUUACAAUGAUGUUAUCCCAUAAUGCUGAUAAUUUAGAAGGUAAAGAUCUUGAAUGUAUGUCUGUUGACUUUCAUGGAAGACCUAGUUCUGCUGCAAGGUUUAUGCAAGGAAAAGGAAGAGUAAAAGAUGGAUAUAUUGAUGAACUAUGUCAUGGUCAAAGACAUGAAGUUACAGUUGAAAUAAGAGCGCGUUAUGUUAUGUUAGAAAAUGAUGAUGAAGCAACAGCAUGUAGAGAAGCUAAAGAUGAUGAAGACAGUGAAUUUGAUUGCAGAUCUAGAUGUAGAUUGAAUUUUUUAAAAGAUAUAUGUAGUUGUAUUCCAGCAACAUUAAGUUAUUUAGUUAAAAAUGAGGAUGAAUUAAAAAAAUACCCUCUUUGUGAUUAUCAAUCAUGUCCAAUUAAUCAAACAUUUGUACAAAAAGGAAACUUUUCACAUGAAGAAUGUUCUAAUUUAUGUUAUAGAGAUUGUGACCAAUAUCGAUAUGAAGUUGAUCAUGAAAAAAAAGGAAGAAUGGUAAGACCAGAUUUAACUUUAGUUGAACUUCAUUGGGGAUCAUUUGAGUAUCUAACAUUACAACAAGAUUGGGUAUGGACAGUACCUACAUUUAUUGCAGCACUUGGUGGUUCUAUUGGAAUGUGGUUAGGGUUAUCUAUAUUAUCAUUAAUUCAAGGUUCAGCAUGGAUUUACAAAUAUCUUCAUAAAGAGGUGGUAAGAAAGAAGAAGUCUAUGGUACAUUAUGAUAAACGUGAUAGAGAUAUUCCAUUAAAAAUUCAGGCAUUAAGAAUGAAAGCAGAUUCUCAAAAUACAAAUAAUGAGGGUGUAAAUCACUAA